UGGAAUAAAUUAAUCUCCGAACCUUACUUUAAGAGAAUGCAUCUCAAUGUUCAUGCCAAGAACCACAAUUCCCCAAAAAAACUGCUUAUUAGUCAAGUCAUAAACCUUCCUAGGUAUUAUAUUAGGUCUUCUGCCACCGGUGACCGGCGUGUCUAUCGAUUAUCUAAAACCAUUUUCAAUUUCUAUUCUUUUUCUUUAUCCAACUCGGGGCCUCAACUUGUUAAGGAUAUACGCAAACUUGAUUCCCUUUCAAGCUUUAAACCACGAUUCGGUUGUGUCUAUUGUUGUUGUGAUGGCUUGUGUUUCAUUGGGAUUUGGAGAGAACGUGACAACACACAACACCCUUCCAUAUCAUUGCUAUGGAACCCAUCCACAGGAGAGUCAAUAAAACUUCCCACUCAGUAUCCAGAAACGUCACCGGAUAAAUAUCUUUAUGGUUUGGGGUACGACUCUACCAGUGAUGACUAUAAAAUAAUUAGGAUUGAUGCGUUUGAUAAAGUAUGUGAUUAUGGAUUACCUGAUGAAAUUCUCGCAACUAAAAAUGCUUCAUGGAAGAAAACUAGUGAAUGCGCAGGGGGGCCAUGCGGCAUUGUACCACGUAUAACUGAGUUAUGUUUGGCAUUUGUAGAGGGAGCAUUUCAUUGGGAGAGUGUCUGCGUAGACCCGUGUUGUGUGGUGACGUUUAAUAUUUCAAAUGAGACGUAUGGAAACAUGUCAUUGCCAGUGAGACCGUAUUCCAAUACAAGUGAAGAAACAGGUGUAUCAGCAGUGGGAGGAAGACUUUGUUAUCAUCAUGACGAUGGAAUAAAUUUUAAUUUAUGGGUAAUGAAAGAUUAUGGCAUGAAAGAAUCUUGGACGAAAUGGUUCAGUAUACCAAAUCAUAUGAAAGGUCAUAUCACACCAAUAUAUAGAUUUUCAAAUGAUGAAGUGCUACUUAGUUGUUUUUAUGUUAUGAAAGGAGAUUAUGAAUUUGUAUGCAAGACUGCCAAUGGAUCAAGCAAUCUAAUGUGGCCUCAACAUAGUAAUGAUAUUAUGCAUCCAAAAACCAUAAUGGAUGGUUUUGUUUACACAGAAAGUUUGAUCUCUCCAAGAUUAGAUGCCCUCUAAAUAAUAUUAAUUAUUUUCUGAUUUCUUUUUUCAAGCUACGAACAUUGUUAUUCCUAUCGUAUUUUUAUAAGAAU